CGGCCAUCAGGCAGACAGACUUGAGACUGAAGCAGCUCGUCACAAACCAGCACCACCACCUCCACCUCCAGGAUAACAGGAUGUUGUGCCCCAGUGUCAUCCAGAUGUCCCCCGCCGCCAUGACGCCUUUCCUGGACCUGCACUGGCCCGUCCGCAGCCUGUGGCCCGAGACCCGGCCGCUUUUCUACCACAUCGAGCGGGAGAUGAUCCGUCACAUGCAGGAGAUGAAGCAGAGCAUCGAGUUCAUGGAGCGGCUGCACCAGAAGAUCUUUGAGGAGAUCGAUCAGACAUCCUCCUGCACGGGGGUCUUCAAGCCCAUCGCCUUCCAGGAGCUGGGGAGGGACGGCACCACCUUUGCCCUCAGCCUGGACACGAAGGAGUUCUCCCCAGAGGAGCUGUCGGUGAAGCAGGUGGGCCGCAAGCUGAGGGUGAGUGGCAGAACGGAGAAGAAGCAGGAGGACGGGAAGGGCUGCUACACCUACAAGUGCCAGGAGUUCAGGCAGGAGUUCGACCUGCCGGACGGCGUCGACCCCGAGGCCGUCACCUGCUCGCUGUUGGGAGGCCAGCUGCAGAUUCAGGCGCCGCGGGAGAACCCCGCCAACGACGGGAAGGAGAGGAUCGUCCCCAUCAGCUUCACCUCAGCCCCGGCCGUCACCGCCUCCGCCUCCAGCGCUGGAGCAGAGGGGAGCGGCACCUCCACCUCAGAGAGCACCCCCACAGAGAAAAACUGAAGCCUCCCAGCAGUCUUUGGUCUGUAGUUUUACGGGGACGUUUUUCACUGUUUGUAAUAAACUGUCAAGUUUAGCUUUCAGCGAUGACUCAUCACCUACACGUGAACAGCGAAGCGCCUCCGUCUCCCUGGUGCAGCUUUAUCUGCCAGACGGAGGCGACAUGGAGCUGAUCCCCCCACCCCCGCACUAAUACUUUAUUAAACGGUCCUUAGAUAUUCGCACCUUGCCCAGAUACUGGUUUCAUCACCGUUCUCUGCACUGGUAGUUCUUUUAAACUGGUUUCUCUGGCACACGUUUUCUGUGUCAGGGCUGAACACACACCCGUCUGAGCUCCAAACAUCUGGCUGCUGAUUGAGUUGAAGUUAAAGAACCUUCAACAUUUUCCUGACAUUUGCUGUUAACCCAUUUUUAAUAAGAACUGAACCUGCAUGUGCUUCCUGGACCGUCCAUGAACUGGCGGCAUGCUCCUUUAACCUGCGACUGUGAGCAAAUAAAGACACGAGACACCAGUUUUUCCCCUUUCUUUGUAAAAUAAUUCUCAAUAAACUUAAUUUAUUCACAAACUGCU